AUGUCGUCCCCCUCACUGCCCAUGCCCUCUCUGCCCCCUAGCCCUCUGGCAAUGGAGUACCUCAACGACUUUGACCUCCUCAAGUUUGAGGUGAAAUCGGACACUCCUCCUCUGCCUUCUCAAUGCUCCUACUCAAAGUCAGGCUUGUCCCAUGACCCCUCCAGUUCACCAUACACAGGACACCCUCCACAGGACUCCAGUCUCAGUUCUAGCCCAUACAACUCUCUGCCCCCCUCGCCCACAUUGAGUGAUGCCCACCCACCCCCUUCUGGGGCCUCCUCUAUGUCCUCUUCAUCCUCCUCCAUCUCCUUCCCUCUGUCCCUGUCCAGUGGCUUCUCCUCAGGGCUGGGCUCAGGCGCUCAGGGCACUGUGGAGGGCAGCCCGUCCCAUGUGGGGGCUCAGGGACCCACUCCGGCCUCUCUGGAGGACCUCAUCUGGCUGGCCGCGCUGCAGCAGCAGUUUGGAGGAGAGGUGACAGGACCAGCCACCCUGCUUGGGGCCCUGGGGGGAGUCCCGGAGCGAGGGGACAGGGAGCGGGGGCCUGUCAAUGGGUUUCUGGGAUGUGAGGACGCUGUGGAGGCUCUGCUAAACUCAGCUGCUGCAGCUGUCAGCUCACAGUUCCCGGGUCUGUCUCAGAGCUCCAGCAGUAACAUGGGCGACUCGAGUAGUGACAGUGGGGCGGACAUGUCGUGUGGUAAAGCGGGUGACAUGUGCCACCGCCCGCUGGUGUUCCUCUCUUCCACCCCUCAGUCCCUCAGCGGGGCAGGUCCCGGGUCAGGGCCAUACCCCCAGCCACUCAGUCCACAGGGCAGGCUUCACCAUCACCAGCACCACCCACACCACCCCAUGCACCAUCAACAUCAUCCGCAGGUCAGCCAGUGCGGGGUGAACGAGCGCUUCUCUGAUGAGCAGCUGGUGAGUUUGUCGGUGCGGGAGUUGAACCGUCACCUGCGAGGCGUCAGUAAAGAGGAGGUGGUGAGACUCAAACAGAAGCGACGCACACUCAAGAACCGCGGUUACGCUCAGUCCUGCCGCUACAAACGCCUACAGCACAGGCACGCACUGGAGUCGGAGAAACAUGUGCUCACACAACAGUUGGAGCAGCUUCAGUGUGAGCUGACCAGAGUCCUGAGGGAAAGGGACACCUACAAAGCUCGCUACGAAAAGCUCCUGGGCACCACCCACACCGGCAACAGUGACGCCCCGCCCACCCGGCCCUCUAACCCCCCCUCACCGCCUCCGGACUACUUCCUCUGA